AUGGCGUCUUCUCAUCUGAAGGAGAAGCUGGAAUGUUCCGUCUGUCUGAACAUUUAUACAGAUCCUGUAAACUUGAAAUGUGGACACAACUACUGCCGGGGCUGUAUUAGUCAUUGGCUGGAUACACAGGAGGGGUCUGGAGAUUAUUCCUGUCCCCAGUGUAGAAACAAAUUCAGGAAACGUCCUGCCCUUCAGAAGAACUUUACUCUAUGUAAAAUAUUGGAGACCCUCCAGACUACAAAGAGUAAACUGGGCAAAACCGGGGUCCUCUGUACUCAGUGUUAUCACGCUCCUGUACCUGCUGUGAAAUCCUGUCUGCUGUGUGAAGCUUCUCUGUGUGACAACCACCUGAGAGUCCACAGCAAGUCACCAGAACACGUGUUAUGUGACCCCACCACUUCCCUGGAGAACAGGAAAUGCUCCGUCCAUAAGAAGAUCCUGGAGUAUUACUGCACUGAGGACUCUGCCUGUAUCUGUGUGCCCUGCACGAUGGACGGAGAACAUCGAGGACAUCAGGUGGAGACUCUGGAUGAGGCCUCUGAGAAGAAGAAGAAGAAACUGAGGAAUGUUCUGCAGAAACUGAUGACAGAGAGAGAGGAGACGGAGAAAAGAGUCCAGAGUCUGGAGGAACACAGGAGGAAAGUACAAGGAAAAGCAGCCGGUGAAACAGAGAGAGUCACUGCCCUGCUCAGAGACCUCAGGAGACGUCUGGAGGACCUGGAGAAGAGAGUCCUGAGUGACAUCUCCGGGCAGGCAGAGCGGACCUCCCUCUACGUGACGGAUAUGAUCCGGGAGCUGGAAAUAAAGAAGGACGAGCUGUCCAGGAAGAUGCGUCACAUUGAGGAGCUGUGUAACAUGACUGAUCCACUGACUGUCUUACAGGAAUCAGACACAGGUGACUUGUGUGAUACUGAGGAUGGAGAUGAUGAGGACAGAGAGAGACAUGAUGGACUCCUCCAUGAUGGAGGGGAUCUGGAUAUGGCUGGGAUCUCACACACAUUACACACAGGUAUAUCUGAUAUCAUGUCUGGGGUAAUUCAAACAUCGGGGGUUACAGACAUAUUACUGGAUGAGAACACAGCUGGUAAUAAUCUACGGAUAUCAGGUGACAGGAAAACUGCAUCCAGGUCAGAUAGGAGCCAGAAUCGUCCAGUAACUCCAGAGAGAUUUCGGGUUCCUCAGGUGUUGAGCAGUCGGAGUUUCUCCGAAGGGCGACAUUUUUGGGAAGUGGAUGUCGGGGGGUCAGAGUGGUGGAGAGUCGGGAUGUGUUACCCCAGUAUAGAGAGGAGAGGAGAUCAGUCAGAGAUUGGAGAUAAUAAGAAGUCCUGGGUUAUGCAAAAAAGUGGUUUCUUUAGUACUAAGUACUCAGUGAUACAUGACAGUAAUAAGAUCCGAUUACCCGGAAAAGUCUACAGUAAGAGAGUCAGGAUAGAUCUGGAUUAUGAGGCCGGGCGGAUCUCCUUUUAUGAUCUGCGUGACCCGAUCCGACUCCUCCACACCUUCACCACCACCUUCACUGAGCCCCUCCAUGCCGUGUUAUGUGUAUUCAUAGGUUGCAUACAGAUAUCUGGGGGGAAUCAGAUGUGA